CUCACAUCCAGGCUGUAGAACAGACACCAGCUGCUGGAGGCCGCAGCGUUCCCCGUUGCCAUGGAGACGACCCGGAAGUGCUGGUUGAACGUACAGCAGGGUGCUGGACUGUGUGCGUCGCCUGGGUGACGGUCAUGGCGGGGAAGCUGAAAUGGGUGACGGACAUCGAGAAGUCGGUGCUUAUCAAUAACUUUGAGAAGCGAGGCUGGGUUCAGGUGACGGAGAGCGACGACUGGAACUUCUACUGGAUGAGCGUCCAAACCAUCCGGAAUUGCUUCAGCGUGGAGACCGGCUUCCGGCUUUCCGACGACCAGCUUGUCAAUCAUUUCCCCAAUCAUUACGAGCUGACCAGGAAGGACCUGAUGGUGAAAAACAUAAAGAGAUACAGAAAAGAGCAAGAAAAGGAAGGCAGCCCCCUGGCGGAAAAGGACGAGAACGGGAAAUACCUGUAUUUAGAUUUCGUGCCCGUCACGUUCAUGCUUCCCGCUGACUACAACCUGUUCGUGGAGGAAUUCCGGAAGAACCCCUCGAGCACGUGGAUAAUGAAGCCCUGCGGAAAAGCCCAGGGGAAGGGAAUAUUCCUCAUCAACAAACUGUCCCAGAUCAAGAAAUGGUCCAGAGACAGCAAAACCUCCUCGUUCGUGUCGCAGUCUUCUAAGGAGGCGUACGUCAUCUCCUUAUACAUCGACAAUCCGCUGCUGAUCGGAGGAAAGAAAUUCGACCUGCGGUUGUACGUCCUCGUAACAACGUAUCGGCCGCUCAAGUGUUACAUGUACAAGCUGGGGUUCUGCCGUUUCUGUACCGUGAAGUAUACCCCAAGCACCAGCGAGCUGGACAAUAUGUUUGUGCAUCUGACAAACGUGGCCAUUCAGAAGCAUGGGGAUGAUUACAACCACGUUCACGGCGGGAAGUGGACGGUGAGUAACCUGCGCCUGUACCUGGAGAGCACGAGAGGCAGGGAGGUGACCGAUAAACUGUUUGAUGAGAUUCACUGGAUCGUCGUGCAGUCUCUGAAGGCCGUGGCGCCUGUAAUGAAUAACGACAAGCACUGCUUCGAAUGUUAUGGCUAUGACAUCAUCAUUGAUGACAAACUCAAGCCGUGGCUUAUCGAGGUGAACGCGUCGCCGUCUCUCACCUCCAGCACGGCCAACGACCGCAUUCUCAAAUACAACCUCAUCAACGACACCCUGAACAUCGCGGUGCCCAACGGGGAGAUCCCCGACUCCAAGUGGAAUAAGGUCCCCCCCAAGGAGGCGCUCGGGAGCUACGAGAUCCUGUACGAUGAAGAAGCCGCUCAGGCCGACGGAUCCGACCGCGACGGGAGAAAUCGGGGAGGACAGGCCGCGGGCUUCAAGGGGAGCCGGGCGCGAGAAUCGGGAAGAUCUGCCGCCACGACGUGGAAAUAACACGGAGCCGCCCCGCGGUACAUAUUAAUGGGGCGUUUGUGACUCGUUUACCGCGGCCGGGCUUUGCCCUUGGCUCUGUCCUUCAGCAUGAAACCAAGACACGCGAAACGCGCUGUCCGCGGCUACUGAAGCUUCAAGUCCCGAGACGUCUUGGUGGGGAAUUAUUUUAAGAGACGGAAAUACGUCAUGGGACUGAUUGGAGCAUAAAGUUUGGAGAUGUUUGGAUUAUCUCCCAUAUUAUUUAUAAGGCGCAUACAUAGUCUGUAGCGGAGUGUGUAAGUCCCGCCCGUUCUGGACUGAUGGCAAGGUUUUUGCGGAUUUUAUAGAGGAAUGAUGGAAAAACCCGUCAGGCGCCGCCGCGGGGCCGCAUUUUUUCCCUGUUUAUAAUGAUCUGUUUACAUAUUUAUUUUAUUUAUUUUUUUAUUAUCAACCUGGUUUUAUUCUUUUUUUUUUAUCGUGUUUUAUGCGCAGUUUUUUUUCUUGGUACAGGUUUAGGUAGGUCGGUGAAAUGCGUUGGUACAAUGUGAGUGACUGAUGUUUCGUGCCGGGGAUGAGCAGGCUGAGUUCUUGCAACUAAUAAGCUUUUGCUGCAUACGUGAGAUACAAAUUGCAAUGCGCUCAUGUAAUAUGCGCUCAUGUAAUAUGCGCUCAU